AUGUCUGAGGCAAAUGGCUCCAGCCUGACACCAGGAUACUUCAUCCUCAAUGGAAUCCCGGGGCUGGAAGCUGCACACGUCUGGGUCUCCCUGCCUUUCUGCUGCAUGUACAUCACUGCCAUCACAGGGAACUGUGGGCUCAUCUAUCUCAUCGGCCAUGAGGAGGCCCUCCACCGGCCCAUGUACUACUUCUUAGCCAUGCUCUCCUUCACAGAUAUUUCAGGGUGCACUACAUUUGUUCCCAGCAUGCUGUGCAUCUUUUGGUUCAAUCUCAAGGAGAUCAACUUUAACGCCUGCCUUGUCCAGAUGUUUUUUAUCCACAUGCUGACAGGCAUGGAGUCGGGGGUGCUCAUGCUCAUGGCCCUGGACCGCUAUGUGGCCAUCUGCUACCCUCUGCGUUAUUCCACUAUUCUGACCAACGCUGUAAUUACCAAGGUUGGCUUGGCUACCUUCAUUCGAAAUGUAUUGAUCAUGAUGCCAUUUACUUUCCUGAUCAAGCGUCUCCCCUACUGUAGGGGAAACCUCAUCCACCAUACCUAUUGUGACCAUAUGUCUGUGGCCAAAUUAUCCUGCGGUAACGUCAAGAUCAAUGCCAUCUAUGGUCUCAUAGUUGCUGUAUUGAUUGGGGGAUUUGAUAUGUUCUGUAUCUUCAUGUCUUACACCAUGAUUAUCCGGGCGGUUCUGAAUCUCUCAUCUGCAGAUGCUCGCCACAAAGCCUUCAGCACCUGCACCUCACACAUCUGUGCUAUUGUCAUCACCUAUGUUCCAGCUUUCUUUAACUUCUUCACUCAUCGCUUUGGAGAACACACCAUACCUCACCACGUCCAUAUUCUGAUAGCCAACCUCUACCUGUUGCUGCCCCCCACCUUGAAUCCAAUUAUCUAUGGGGUGAAGACCAAGCAGAUCCAGGAAGGAGUGAUCAAAUUGUUUUCAGGCAGGAAGACAGUUUGA